AUGGCUUGCCUAGAAGGACUAAGGAUGGCAAUGUCGGGGACGAAUCUACCCUUAAUCAUCGAGACGGAUUGCAGCUCGGUGACAAAGGCGCUUAUCCUCUCGUCUAUUGAUAGAUCGGAGGUUGCAACAAUUGUAAAGGAGUUUCAAGCCAUGAAAGGGAACAGAGAAGUAAAAGUUUGCAAAGUAGAUAGAAGGGACAAUAGGUUAGCUCAUAGUCUUGCCCAGUUGGGGCGUAGAGAGUUGCGUGGUGGGGUUAUGCAAGGCUCUGUGCCAACCUGCGUGUUGAGUGAGGCCUUGCACGAUUGUACGAACUAUGUUUCUCUACUUAAUUAA